CUUAUGCUCGCCAAUUAAAUCGCGGCUAUGAUAAUCGCCAGUUGCCGGCAGCCACAGUACCGCUUGGUGUGCAUGUCAACAGUUUUCCUUUCCCUGCCUGGCACUUGCGAGUGGCAUAGCUGCUAUCUAUAGUACAACUCUAUUUUCAAACCAUGCAGACAGGGCGCAAUGGAAGUCUCACAAACCUUUAUUUACCAUCCAGUUCAGCGGAAAAAAGUGGCGAAACAGUCGAGAUACACGCUGCGUUGUCACUUGAGAGCCUGAUUUAGGAAGAGAACAGACUUGGGUUUAAGAGAUCAUGGAAGUGCCUGAAGGCCUGGGAGUCAACCCGGAUAUUCGUGCAGAGAAUGUGACCCUUGAUCUGGAGGACAGAGAGCACCAGACGGGCUGGGUGAGAGUGAGGGUGGAGGAGAGCUGGUUCACUGUGGAGCGAGCCUUGCUCGUGAGAUACAGCAACUACUUCUCUGCCCUCUUUCACUCUGGGAUGACGGAAUGUCACCAGGACGAGCUCUACCUGAAGGGAGGAGUGCAUGCAAGGGGUUUCCUCAUUGCCCUUGGUGUCUGCAGGGGAGAGGUCCCCGCUAUCAGUGACCCAGAUGAGCUUGUAGAAGCUGUAGAGUGUGCUGCAUUCCUGCAGGUUGCAUGUUUGGUGCAGCACCUUUGUGACAUUAUUGACUCAGACAACUGCCUCUUGCUUUACCAUGCAGCCUCCAUCUUCGGGGUGCAUGCACUCUUUCACAAUGCUGCUCUUUUCCUUCGUGACGCUUUUGAUGAUUUGAAGGAUGCAGCAGAGAGUUGUAUUCCUGAAGACCUUCUUCAAUAUUCUCAGUCAUUGUCUCCUGCUUCUUAUAUUGCUUUAGGCACACACUCUCCUUCAAUGGAACUGCUACAGGACUCCUUUAGGGUUGUUUGCUACCUUGAUGAAAAAGAGGGAGAUUGGAAGCAUCUGACAAACCUCCCAACUCUCUGCAGCACAUCCAUGGCUGGAGUGGCAGUGCUUGACAAUCGAUUGUACAUCGUGGGGGGAGUUUACGGUUACGGUAAGGACACAGUGGACAGCAGCUUCUGCUACAACCCUGAGUCAGGGGUUUGGACUGUUCUUCCAGGUCCCCAGCAACUAAGAUAUGACUUCACCCUGCUAGGGUAUGAGGGCCGACUCUACGCCAUUGGCGGCGAAUUCCAAAAACGGACUAUUUCCACAGCCGAGAGUUACAACGUUGAGAAAGGGGAGUGGACAUUUAUACAACAUGCACCAAGACCUGUACUAUCUGCAGCAUGUGCUGUUGCAAGACGACGGAUGUUUGUUUGCUUCUGGAAACCACCAGACACCACAGACAUAUAUGAAUAUAUAAAAGUGAAAGACGAGUGGAAACUUGCAACCACCAUGAUCAAACCUCAAAGCUAUGGCCACUGCAUGGUAGCCCACAGAGAUAAUUUAUAUGUGAUGCGCAACGGGCCGUGUGACGACUUCCUGCGCUGUCUAAUGGACAGCUACAACAUCACGACAGGCCAGUGGACAGCCAUGCCCGGACACUACAUCAACAGCAAGGGGGCGCUGUUCUCUGCAAUGAUAAGGGGGGACUCUGUGUUCACUGUGAAACACAUGCUAACUCUUGAAUACACCAUCACGGGAGAUGGAUGGAAGCCCCGCAGGCAGAUGAAGGGGUUUCCAAAAAGUGGUUCACUGUGGACGUGUUUACUCAGGCUUCCCAAGACAGGACCCGUUAUACCACAGCUGGAUGCAGAUGGGGAGGACGAAGAGAUGUCUUUGCCAGACACAUCUGAAGGAUUUGUGGAAGCUGUACCGCAACAUUGAAAUUACUACAAAACGGAAAAACAAUGUUUUGCUUUUAGGGGUUCUGAAAGUCUGAGAUUUAUCUCAUACUAGACGAUUCUGAUUGCAUAUGACACAAAUGUUCUUCGUUUCAACACUGUGUUUCAACACUGCACACACACAUGCACACGUGCUGACACUACACAUUUGUUCUGAUUAGCAACAGCUGCUACAGUAGUUUAUUUUAGGGGAGGCCACUGUGCAUGUGUGUGUGUGUGUGUGUGAGUGUGUGUGUGUGUGUGUUUGUGUGCAAAGUUCAAAGGCACUGACGGGAUGUUCUAAACCUCUCAUUCUCUACGUUUUUCCUGAAGUCACACUGGGCCAAUUCAGGAGCCACCGGCCUCCCAGUCGACAUAAAACACACCACAGCUCUCACACACACACUCUUGCAUACUCACUUUCCCAGGUUUGCUGCCCCCAUGACUGAUUAUAAUACCUUUCUGUGGGAGAAUACAUUACACAUAGCCUCAAGCUUGUGACUCUGAGGGUUGUGGGAAAUGUUUUUGGCUUGUAUGACCACAGACUGCAUUUGUUUUGGUAUAUAAAAACCCAUGGAAUUCUCUGGCAACAUGUGAUUUCAAUCCAUAGUACUUUAUUUUAAAUAAGUUGGUGCUUACUAUGGAUAGUAAUGUUCUUAAUGUAACAAAAGACCAAAAUAAUGCCAAUUACAUUUAAGGUUCAAAUUUGUCUUUGGGCUCCUUUGGUAUACUUUUGAAAAUCAUGAUUUCCUCUGAACUUUCCCAUGUACUUUGUUGAGUUCAGCAGUCCUACUGGGGUCAAUUACACCAUUAUCAUUCCCACCACAGUGGCAGUGGCUCAAAUAAACAAAUAAUUUCACAUGUUCAUCCACUCUGAUGCAAUAAAGCACUUACUGCUCUGGGGGGCGGCAGGUCGGGAAGGCUCUUCUGUGGGACAGGGACAUAUUUAGCUGCUUUUCCAUUGAGCAGGGCAUCUGAUCUGUCAUCUAGGUCAUGAAAGUACAGAGAGGGAGGUCAGCGAAUAACAGAAAUGUAUAUUGGCUGUUUUGAAAUGAAUGUACAGGAAUUUGGGAUAAAUGAAAC